AUCCUGUCUUCCCUUGCCCUGGUUUUUUCCAGCAGUCUGGGUCUGGCGGGGAAUUCCGGGAUUUUUGUCAGAUUUCGAUUCUUUGGGUGAUGUCAGACCAGCAGGCAAAUGAGGCGGAGGCAGGAAGAAGGAAGAACCCGCGAUGUUUGCUCUCGUCACCUGACCGCGUGAUUGGCCUGUUUGUUGUUUGUCACGUUGCCUGCCGUCUCUCCCCACAUUCCUCUGCUGCAUUAAAAGCACACUUGAUCAAUUGAUUCGGCCUCAAGUUUGACAAGAUCUCCACAACUUCAGUUACACCCGAUCGCCAUGGCCUCUCCCAAGAAUUCGUCCACUCUCUCCCUGUGGAAUCGUAAACGCGAUCUGCUCUACUUCAUUUUCUUCGCGAUCCACAUCCCCAUCGUCUUCUUGGUCGACACCGUGCAUCUGCAGCCUUCGUUCUUGACCUUCCAGUUCUCCCACGAUGUCCGCGACUUCUACUUCCGCAACUACCAGGACAAGUUCUUCAUGGGAACUCCGCCCGGCUGGUUCCAGUUCUUCUCGUACAUGGAGCUCUACUACCACGGACCCUUGAGCAUCUGGGCCGUUGCGGCGCUCUGGAAAGACGACCCCAUGGUGCCCGUCCACUUGCUCGUUUUCGGAAUCCAGUCCUUCGUCACCACCCUCGUCUGUCUCAUUGAGAUGUGGAGCUGGGCUGAUCGCACCGUCGGCCAGAAGCAGGCCCUGUCGAUGCUGUAUACCCCGUAUGCGGCGCUUGGCGGCUUCAUCGCACUGGACAUGAUAUUUAGAUUGCGCCGACAGAUUCUGGCCAAGGCCAAGCGCGAGUAGCUGGGCUUUCUGCCGUUCUCUUUUCCCGUCUUUUGUUUUAUUGGGUAGAGAUGCGUACAUGAUGUUGGUCCGAUUUACGAUGUCAUAUGUCUCUUCUUGAUUCUUGAUCUAUGUAUUCUGAGAUACUCGUACUUCUCGGAUAAUAGAAUCAUUUUUAUUGCACUGCUGGU